AUGGGUGAAUAUGAAGUUGAGGAAUAUCAUCCAGAGAUAGGUGCUCAUGAUUAUGCAGAAGAACCAGAAUCUGCACCAUUAGCUGUAGUUAGAUGUCACAUCAUUCUAGGGAGGCCGUGGUUAUACGAUGGAGAUGUCACGAUUUUUGGUCGCUCGAACAUGUAUACAUUCAUGCAUGAGGGCAUGAAAAUCAAGAUUAAUCCGUUGCCACCCAAGAGCCACAUGGACAAGGUUAGGGAUGUGAAAACGAGUGAGUCAAGGAAGGAUGUGAGGAAAUCUAUUCAGAAGUCUCUACAUAUCAUAAAUGCAAAAGAGUUUGAGAAAGAGACAGAGGAUGAUUCGACGGUGUACGCCCUAAUGGCUGGGGAAGUUACACCCGAGGUUCAUGUAGAAUUACCCCCUGAGGUGACUUUGGUUCUUGAGGAGUACAGUGAUGUAUUCCCUGAGGAUUUACCGGAUGUGCUUCCACCUAUGCGGGAUAUCCAGCAUGCCAUUGAUUUCGUCCCGGGGUCUACUUUACCGAACCUUCCUCAUUACAGGAUGAAUCCUACAGAGCAUGGAGAGUUGCAUAGACAGGUAAAUGAGCUCCUGCAAAAAAGGUUUCAAUCGUGA